AUGGGUGUGCAUUCAUUUUGGGAUAUUGUUGGUCCCACUGCAAGACCGGUUAAAUUGGAAUCCUUGAAAGAUAAAAAAAUGGCUGUGGAUGCAUCAAUCUGGAUAUAUCAAUUUAUUAAAGCAAUGAGGGAUUCGGAAGGAAAUGCUAUCAAGAAUUCACAUAUUACAGGGUUUUUUAGAAGAAUAUGUAAAUUGUUAUAUUUUGGUAUUAAACCUGUUUUUGUAUUUGAUGGUGGUGUUCCUGCUUUAAAAAGAGAUACCAUCAAGCAAAGAAAUGAAGUUAAACAAGGGAAACGAGAUAGUGCACAACGAACUGCUAGAAAAUUGUUAGCUUUACAAAUGCAUAAGAAUUCUGGUAAUAGUAAAAAUAAUGAACAAAAAAAGGAUACCAAAACAUCAGAUUUAGUGUUCAGACCCCAGGAUGAUUGGGAUUUGCCCAAUAUUGAAGGAUUUAAAGUUUCAAGAAAAGAUACAAGAGUAAAUUUAAACUAUGAAGAAGAGAAAAAGAAAAGGAAAAGAGAAAGUUUAGUAAUGGAGGAUACUAUUGAUAACUUGGAUUUAGAUUCGAUAGAUCCCACAUCAGAAGCAUUUGAAGAGUUACCUAAAAAUCUUCAAUAUCAAUUACUAUCUAACCUACGUCUAAAAUCGAGACUAAGAAUGGGUUAUUCUAAAGAACAAUUAGAAAACGUCUUUCCAGAUAGUCUGGAUUUUUCAAAAUUUCAGAUUGAUAUGGUGAAAAGAAGAAACUAUUAUACUCAAAGAAUCAUCAAUAUGACAGGUUAUCAUGAUGGUGGUGCAUCGAAACUUAAUGAUGAAAUAGUCAAUAGAAUUUCUGGUCAAAAGAACAGGGAGUACAAGAUAACUAAGACUGAGAACGGUUGGACCCUGGGUUUAGGUGAAUAUGAUGGUUCUGAAGCCAAAAAGGCAAUUUUACUUGAUGCUGAAAGUCAAAUUCCUGAAAAUAAUAAAACGAUAUCUAAUCACCUUAUGGGUAGAAGUUCUGGCUUAAAUGGUAAUGAAGAUCGUGAUAUCAAAAAGAAGGAAGAUGACGAUGAAGAUGACGAUGACGAUGAUUGGGAAGAUGUAGCAUUAGCGCCAACUGUGGUUAAAGACACAUUCGACUAUUCGUUAAAGGCAGGCCGAUUACCGGAGCUUGAUAAAACUUCUCAAAUAGUAGGAAGUCAAGCAUUUUUAGAUAAAAUACCUAUCGAGCAAUCUCCAGUUAGUAGAGAUAGGCCAACUGCAUCUUACAAAGUCAAAGUUGCUGAUGAAGAUGAUGUGAGUAGUGAAGAUGGAGAUUAUGAUGAAUAUACGAAACAGUUUGAAGAGAUUGAAAUGAUGGAAGCCUUUCAAAAAUCAAAGCUUGAGCAAUUCCGAAGAGAGAAAUUGGCAAAAGAACAACAAGAAAAAUUAGAGAAGAAACAAGAGCAACAAAAAAUAACUAAAGAAACGUUAAAACAACAUCAGAAUAAUCUAGAUAAAGGAAAAGACAACCAAAAUUUUCAUAAAGAGACUGAGGGUGAACAAAAUUUACGAAUUAUAUUAGAUAGGUCAAACAAUUCAACUGUCUUGAAUGGUAACUCAUUUCUAUUUGGUGGACCCUCUAUUUCUAAUGAACAUAAUGAGGAAGCAAUAGAUGAGCCUGUAGUAGAAAACACUAUUCCUGAAACUCCGAGCUGGUUUGGCAAUAUUGAUCGUGUAGAUACUGUUUCCGAACCAAAUGUAUCAAACCCUUUCGCAAAUACCAACUUUGUAGAAGAUAAGGCCGAACCAAUAAAUGGAUCUGAGAAAAUGAGGGAUAAUCGUCAGUAUGAAUUAGUUAUGGGAGCGAAUGCUCAAUAUUUAGUAGACGAACAAAUGAAACUACAAGAUAAAAGCCACGUUGCACUAAACAUUGUGACUGAAAAAGAUAAUAAACUAUCCGAUAAUAUAAUAAGUAUAUCGGAUACUUCUGAUUCAGAAAUAACCCAAGAAAUAUCUAACAGCGCCGAUAAAGCUAUAGUUGACAAUAAUAGUUCUUCGGACAAUUCAGGAAACAUUUCCAAUAUAUUCGCAAAUUCAGUUCAGAAUGAUAAGGCUAAGCCAACGAUAUUUGAAUACGAAUUCUCAGAGGAUGAAGAAAAUGAUCUGGCCGACAAUAUUAGGCAAGAAGAAAAAGAUUUUGAUACUUUUAGAAAUGUUGAUUUAUUGCAUAAUUAUCAACCAAAUAAAGAGGUGGCGGAUACUGCUUUCUUAGAAGAUGAGUUGUUUAAACAACAAGUAAAGGAGAAAAGAGAUUCUGAUGAAGUUACACCCGACAUGGUCACUGAUAUUCAAGAUAUGUUAAGUCAAUUUGGUAUUCCUUUCAUUACAGCCCCAAUGGAAGCUGAAGCACAAUGUGCUGAACUUUUACAAUUAAAUCUUGUGGAUGGAGUGAUUACAGAUGAUAGCGAUGUAUUUUUAUUUGGAGGUUCUAAAAUUUAUCGGAAUAUGUUUCAUGAUCGAAAGUACGUAGAGUUUUAUGAUUCUGAGAGGAUUACAAUAGACUUAGGGCUGGAUAGGAGAAAUAUGAUUGAUUUGGCGUUGUUAUUAGGGAGUGAUUACACUACCGGUCUUAAAGGUAUGGGGCCUGUCUCUAGUAUGGAGGUAAUUGCGGAGUUUGGUGAUUUGACAAAAUUCAAGCAAUGGUAUGAGGAAGGACAAUUUGACAGUGAAAAGCUUUCAAAGGAGAAUAAAUUUGAAAAAGAUUUAAGAAAGAGGAUGGUGAAAAACGACAUAUUGUUAGAUAGUAAUUUUCCAAGUGAGUUAGUCGUGGAUGCAUAUAUGAAUCCCGAAGUCGAUCAUGACACAACACCGUUUGUGUGGGGAUAUCCGGCUAUUGAUAUGCUAAGAAAUUUCUUAGAAGACCAUUUAGGAUGGACUCAAGAAAAGACUGAUGAAAUUUUACUACCUCUUAUGAAGGAUAUUAAUAGCAGGAAAAAGAAUAAGCAAAGAUCUAUCACCACCUUUUUCCCAACAGAAUAUAUUACCAACCAGCAAGUUGCGAGUGGAGGUAAAAGAAUUUUAACAGCUACUUCAAAAUUGAAGAAGAGGAAAACCAAAAAAUAA